AUAUGGAAUUUUGAUAUAAUGGGAAAACUGGAAUUUUUGUUGAUUCCCUUUGUUGUGUUGAAUUUUUAUAGUAUAAAACAUUAACAAUGAUUUAAUUGUUAAUAAAUUUGUUGUCAUGGUAUUUGGAUGGUUCGUAAAACGCAAAGUAAUAAAUCUCCAAAUAAGAAAUCCAGAAAAAACGACACAGAUGUUCCAAGUACUCACCUGACAUUUCCCUCCACUUCAGAGACUUCAGUUCAUAAAAGAAAUCUGUGUUUUGUCUCCUUUCCCAUUAUUUUCAUGUUUAAUAUACUGCACUCGCUUUUAUACCAAAUAUUCAUCAUCCUUAAAUUUAUUUACUGCAGUUCUUCGAGCUAUCUACUCAAAAGUCGUAAUUCCACAUUCUCAGAUUUGAAUAAUAAACAAAGUGAGACCGUAGAAGUACAAGAAAUGUCGAAUAUUACGCCUAGGCUAACCGGACCGGGUCCCGGAGAUCCCCUGUUAGCUAAGCAAAAACAUCAUCACCGGCGAGCUUUCGAAUAUAUAUCAAAGGCACUCAAGAUUGACGAAGAAAAUGAAGGCCAGAAAGAAUUGGCGAUUGAGUUGUAUCGUAAAGGCAUCAACGAGCUAGAGUUGGGAAUUGCAGUGCAGUGCUGGGGAGGACGAGGAGAGGUCUGGGAAAGAGCUCAAAGGCUGCACGACAAAAUGAAAACUAAUUUGGCAAUGGCAAAGGAUCGCCUACAAUUCUUAGAGAGUUUGGAUAAUUUGGAACGUAUGGCUAUACAAAAUGAGGCUAAAAUUCUUCAAAAACCGCACCUUAGUUAUUCUAGUAGCAUUCCUAUUGUUAAACCUAGUAUUUGUUCUACAGCUACUGGUAAAAAAUUGACGGUGGCGGCAAGACGGCCGGUUGGUGUGAACGUGUCGAAGAGUCAAACGCUACCGAGAUCGAUGGGUUCACGGAACGCGCCUGUACAGCCAGUACGUCCAUUUAACAAGCAGGCGUCGACGCCGCCGGCUAUUAAGAAGCAGCUGUCAGUGCCUGGUAACAAUUCGCCAGCUCGAAAAGGUAGCUUACCAUCCAGCUCCAAUAAUAAGUCAACAAUAAGACAAAAGUCACCGACUUUACGUGGUGUCGAUCCGAAACUAGCGCAAAACAUUUUGGAUGAGAUCGUAGAAGGGGGUGCUACCGUUCAAUGGGACGAUAUCGUAGGUCAAGAAAUUGCCAAACAGGCUCUACAAGAAAUGGUGAUUUUGCCUUCAUUGCGACCCGAGCUCUUUACCGGAUUGCGAUCACCAGCCAGAGGUUUGCUUUUGUUUGGUCCUCCGGGGAAUGGUAAAACGUUGCUGGCGCGCGCGGUUGCAAACGAAUGUCAGGCUACGUUUUUCGCAAUCAGUGCCGCCAGUUUAACUUCAAAGUACGUGGGCGAAGGUGAAAAACUUGUACGAGCUUUAUUUGCUAUGGCGCGCGAGUUACAACCGUCAAUUAUUUUUAUUGAUGAAGUAGACUCGCUUUUAUCUGAACGAUCGAACAACGAACACGAAGCGAGUCGUAGACUUAAGACUGAGUUUCUCGUUGAGUUCGACGGGUUACCUAGUAAUCCAGAGAAUGAAAAGGUUAUCGUUAUGGCGGCUACAAACAGACCCCAGGAGUUGGAUGAGGCCGCUCUCAGACGUUUUCCAAAGCGCGUUUAUGUCACCCUUCCUGAUGCAGACACCCGCUGUGAAUUAUUAAAAAAGCUUUUAUCGAAACAAGGCUGUACUUUAAGCCCAAAGGAAUUGAAACGUCUGGCCACACUUACCGACGGUUAUUCUGGUAGUGAUCUUACCGCUUUGGCAAAGGAUGCUGCUUUAGGACCAAUUCGAGAAUUGGAUCCCGAACAAGUUAAACAAAUGGAUCCGAGCUCAGUUAGAGGAAUUACAAUGAGCGACUUCCUCGACGCAUUGAAGCGUAUUAGGAAAAGCGUCUCUCCUCAAAGCCUAGUCGCUUAUGAAAAAUGGUCUCUACAAUAUGGUGAUGUUUCGUUAUAAGUUUUAUUCGGUGCGAAUGAGGUUUUUGUGAUAUUUUCGUGAGAUUGCUCCGCAUAUAAUAUAUCAAUUUGCAAUUCAGGCUUUUACAGGGUGUUAAUUUAAAAGAAAAACUUGUGGCUUUAUAAUAAAACGACUGAUACUGUGUCUCAAACUUUAUAUUUUAAUACCGUAUUUUCAAGUACGUACGAAUUUUGCCUUUGGUCAAUUUAAGCUCCACCGCUUUUGGUAUUAAUCUCAAGUAUGUAUGAUAUGAGUAAUAAAAAAGAGAGUGUUGGUAUUACUACCACUUAAAUACACUUAGCACCACUAUCGUAAGUAGUUUCUGUAUGGCUUCUGUUAUUAGGUACCUAUCUACUGCUUACAAACAAAUGUUAUGUUCAACAUAGAUAUUUUGAUAUUUAAGAAAUGUGAUUUUAGGUUUAUAGAUUAUAUUUUAAGGAUCAUUGUUUUUGUAAAUGUAGUGUAAAAUGUGCGUAGAUGGCUGAAGUUUCACUGUGUUGUAUUUCCCCAGUUCACGACUAUUAUGUUUGUUUUGUUAUUUAUCUAAAGUCUCACUAAUUUAUAACCUGUUUUUUACAUGUAUUAAAUAAUUGCAUUAUU